AUGGACUCGGAAUCUGCAAACUCCGAUUCUCAACCACAGCCUCUCUCGAGCCAAAACGUGGACGCGUGCCACGAGAUGAGUUCCCUUGAAGACCUCGCGAACCGCGGGGCGUGGCGUUCAAUAAUCGACAAGGUAUCACGCGCCCGCGCGCUCUCUCUCCUCCAUAAGCCCCACGACCACCUCACCUACCUCGCCUUCAACGCCCUCGCCUUCACAAAACUGCGUCGUUUCAACGAAGCCUCCGCGGAACUCGAUUCCCUCGAAGACCUCGAUAGUUCGCACUACCGCUACGAAACCUACCCGAAAAUUUACCCUAACCGGGUCGGAUCAAUGGUCCCUUUUUCCCUCCGUUGGCUCAGCGCCCUAAUUCCAAUCAAAUUAGGGCAACGUCAGCAGGGCAUGGAUCGCUUCUACACUCUCCUUGAUUUCGUGCGCGGGAAGAUUAAGGAAAAAGGGGAAAACAAUAACCUUGGUGUCUCCCUUAAUCUGUGGCGAAAACGAGAGGUUUUUGUCGUGAAUUGCAUCAUAGGACACCAUUUGAGUCAGAAAGAGUUCGGCGUGUGUUUAAGUUUGAUGAAGGAGCUUCUUUCUCGAGAUGAUGGUUCGGACCCUUUGUUGGUUUCACAACUUGGCUACAUGCAGUUGCAGAUUGGGGACUUGGAGGGUGCGAAAGUUUCUUUUUUGAAGGUGGAGAGUGAGGGAAAGAAUAAUGGGUCGUUGAGCGAGGUUGAGUUUAAGAACCUUGUGAAUAGGAACAAAGCGUUGGUGUAUUUGGUUGGUAAGGAUUAUGUGUCGGCGGUGAGGGAGUACGAGGAGUGCAUUGAGAGGGACAAUGCUGAUGUUGUGGCCGUGAAUAACAAGGCUCUGUGCUUGAUGUAUCUUAGGGACUUGUCGGAUUCUAUUAAGGUGUUGGAGAGUGCGCUUGAGAGAGUUCCCACUGUGGCUCUCAAUGAAACGCUUGUUGUCAAUUUGUGUAGUAUGUAUGAAUUGGCAUAUGUUAAUCACUCUGAUAUUAAGAGAACGCUUAGUAGUUGGAUUGCUCGUGUUGCACCUGACGAUUUUGAUGCAUCUUGUACCCGUACAUGA